UUGUGUGUUUAUUUUUUUACGUCUGUGGUUAAAAUUGCCUAAACAUAUUAUUUCAGAGGAUUGUACUCUAUGUUCAAUAGUUAUUCAAUCAUAUUCAAUUUACUUUGGAAUAUGUUUACAAUUGUUGAAUUUCUGUUUUUGUUGUCAUUGACUUCCCAAAACGAACAGCUUCCCUUGAACGCAAGCGCGUGGUUGUCAUGGCAACAGUAAACUCAGGUCCCAGUUGUGUUUUGGUUCUUUAGAUAGCUUAGCACAAGAGAGGUAGAUAGUUCUUUAUUAACCUACUUAGAAAAUGUCAGACGCCGGAUCCGUGGAUUUUGACGACGAACAAGGGUACCUCGGGGAGUACGAGGGGGAGCGGAAUGAAGCCGGAGAAAGACACGGUGCUGGCAGAGCCGUACUACCGAACGGAGACACCUACCAGGGCAUGUACGAAAACGGCAAAAGAUGUGGUCAGGGAACUUACCGGUUCAAGAACGGUGCCCGAUACAUCGGAGACUACUACCAAAAUUUGAAGCAUGGUCAUGGGGUCUUUUAUUAUCCGGACGGUUCCAAAUAUGAGGGGAGCUGGGUUGAUGACCUACGACAAGGUCACGGGGUUCACACUUAUCCUAACGGAGACACCUAUGAAGGGGAGUGGCUCCGUCAUCAGAGGCAGGGGCAGGGUGUGUACGUGUACAAGGCCACAGGGUCCCAGUACUGCGGCUCGUGGGUGGGGGGCAAGAUGGAGGGGGCAGGAGAGCUGAUCCAUCUCAACCACAGGUUCCAGGGAAACUUCCAUAACAACAACCCGUCAGGUCUUGGGAAGUAUGUCUUUGACAUUGGCUGUGAACAGCACGGAGAGUACGUGCAGGUGGAUCAGGAUCGAGCGGAUGGGGAUGAGGAGGAGGCUGUUUCUAUGCAGUUGAAAUGGAAACCAAAAUCGGUCUCUGGACUGACACUGUGGAGCCCAGUCAAAGAGAGCACAGAAGGGCAAAUUGAAGGGCUGAAAGAACUGAAGACACAAGAGGCCAACUGACCUUCCAAACACACACACACACACCCAUACACACACACACACACACACACAGAUGUCUUUUUCACACUGGAAUGUAAAUUAAAGGCUGCAGUCUACUCAG